AUGGGCUGGGCCGGGCUUCAGACACCCAAGCCCAAGCCUAGCCCAGCCCAAGGCGGGCCGGGCCAUCUCAAAGCCCAUAACGGGCCAGCCGGGCCCCCAUCGGCCCAUGAGCCCGCGGGCCAAAUGAUGAGGCCUAGAUUUGGAUUACUUGGAUUUGAGCAUGAAUUCCUUUGGAGUUAUGGAACUCAUGAGACUGACCUUCAGUGGCUUGCAACUCUUUCUUCCUUAAAGUACCUUAACUUGGGAGUAGUGAAACUUAUUAAGACUACAUCUUAUUGGCUUCCCGCUGUUAAUAUGCUCCCUUCACUUGUUGAAUUGCAUUUGCCCUCUUGUAGACUUUCCAUGCUUCCUCUCACUCUUCCUUCCAUCAAUUUCACAUCCCUUAUAGUUCUUGAUCUCUCUAGCAAUAAAGUCACCUCCACGAUACCUCCUUGGUUGUUCAAUCUCACUAAACUAGAGAUGUUGGAUUUCGAAUUUAACAGUCUGACAGGAAAACUGCCUGAUUCUUUGGGAUAUCUUAAAAGCUUAAGAUACCUCGAAUUGUCGGGUAACUGGCUUCAGGGUUCAAUCCCAAAAUAG